UCGGGACGAGAGAGGAGGAGAAACAAAAAUGACGGGGCUCGAGCCAGACUUCGUAUACCCGUUGGAGAACUUAACGAUCUCGCAGGGUCGAGACGCAACCUUCACCUGCGUGGUGAGCAACCUCGGUGGAUACCGGGUGAGUCCUUCCUCCUCCGCGAGCGGAGAUCACUCUGGCGGCGCCAAGGCCCGGGUGGCGUGGAUCAAAGCGGACACCAAGGCAGUCCUGGCGAUUCACGAGCACGUGAUCACGAACAACGCGCGUUUAUCGGUGACGCACAGUGACUACAACACGUGGACGUUGAACAUUCGCGCGGUACGCCGAGAGGAUCGAGGAAUUUACAUGUGUCAAGUCAACACGGAUCCGAUGAAGAGUCAGAGCGCGUUUCUAGAAGUGGUGAUACCGCCGGACAUAAUAUCCGAAGAGACCUCCAACGACCUAAUGGUACCUGAGGGCGGAUCCGCGAAACUGGUAUGCAAGGCUCGCGGCUAUCCAAAACCUGAGAUCGUUUGGAAGCGAGAAGAUGGCGCCGAGAUUAUUUCCCGCGCCGGAUUGUCCGGUGGCAAAACGAAAAUAGCUACCGCCGAGGGGGAAACGCUGACUCUGUCGAAAGUAACCAGAAGCGAGAUGGGCACCUACCUGUGCAUCGCGAGUAACGGAGUACCACCAUCAGUCAGCAAACGGAUGAUGCUGCACGUUCACUUUCACCCGAUGGUUCAAGUACCAAACCAGCUAGUCGGCGCGCCAACUGGAACCAACGUUACGCUGGUCUGCCUCGUCGAAGCCUCCCCGAAGGCCAUUAAUUAUUGGACACGCGAAUCAGGCGAGAUGAUAAUUAGCAACCACAAAUACUCGAUGUCGGAGUUGAAGACGUCCGUGUACAGUGUACAGAUGCGGCUGGUGAUCAUGAAUCUACAGAAGCAGGAUCUCGGUGGUUACAAGUGCAUCUCGAAGAACUCGAUCGGCGACGCGGAGGGGAACAUUCGACUUUACGACAUGGAUCUACCGAAACACUCGAAGAAGCCAGGAGACCGAAGAGGGGACGACGACACGAACGAGGCAAUCAACGAUCGAGAUCAUAGACUGAAUCACGUGUAUCAAGGCUCUUUACGGGAAACAGGCUCCACUUUGGAACCAUUCUUCGACGGUGACGACGUAUCAUCCUCGACGUCCUCGAACGACGUUCUACCACCCGCCUCUUGUAUUCUUCUCAUAACAUUUUCCCACCUGCUCGCUUUAACGUAAAAAAAAAACAAAGAAAAAAAAAAGAAAAAAAAUAUUCAAAAAGAAAAAGCACACGUGAACAGCACAAAGAACGAAGAGUAAUGCAUUUACUUCGACGACGACGAUCAAGCGUUACUUUUAUUUCUGGGCUACGAUUAUUCUUGUCGACAGAGGAGGAACAAAUUCGUACAAAUUCAAGAUUAGUUGCAAGUUCACGUUAAUAUCUAUGACAUCGUUGCGUUCGUUCAAUCCCUCCAUCGAUGAUACUCUACUGGAUCUAGCUGAAUUUAGUGUCGAAAGAAAAUUGUUUCUGUUUGCAGAGUUUGGUGAGUAACGACACACACGGAUUUCUGUCGUUUGUUACACAUUUUCAUAUCAUUCAUUUACUAUUAUCUUGUCAAUUUCGUUUAAUAUUUUGAAUAUUAGGUAU